AUGGCAAAACUGACUGAUGAUGCCGACUACGAGGCCGGCGAAACGUUUGAGAAUGUAUCAAGUCCACUGUCAGAUGCUGGCAAUCAUGACAACUACUAUGGUGCGUUCUACAUAGUCGCCCUGACAACAAGACCAAAUUGCGACAACGAGGUCAACCCACUUCUACGAACGUAUCAUCUCUCUCUCUCUCUCUCUCUCAACCCCACUUCAUAUCGCCCAUCCACUUAUUCACACAAUUCUGUGCGCUCGUUUCCUCCAACCUCACCUUUGAGCGUGUCGUUACGAGUGCGUUCGGUAAAGCGUACACAUCUCCACCACCGGUACCAGAAGCAGUUUUCAACUCAGGCAAUACGCGAAAGUGUCGCUGACUCUUCCCUCUUCCAACCUCCUCUUCAUCAGGUUUCUUUGAAAGAGCAUGUCCACAGCCUUCUUGAUCCUCCCCUUUCUGGUGUUUUCCCCAUAUCAGGCCAAUCUUUCCGUUGCAUUCCAGUCAAUUGUGUGGCC